AUGGAUAUGGAGGAAGCAGCUCCCUUUCCUCGUGCCUCAUUCUAUCUUGCUUCCCGCCUUGCUAGCGUAGUGCAGAAGUUUAGGCAUCGUCUGCAGAAGAAGGUGCAGCAGAAGAAGAAAAGCCCCAAUCCUUUUGGAGUCUCAUACUACAGAGGGAUCAGGCUCAGAGCGCUAUCGGACCUUGAGAAGUCUGCUUCUCCAUGCCGACUGACAGUCACCAAAGAGCCCAGGUCAGCGGUAAAGCAUCAAGACCAUGGCAGAUGGAUCAAUGAACUGCUUCGCGACCUGAACGAUCAUAGCAACUUUCCAGCGUUCUCCUUGACAAGAGUUGCAUCCGACGACAAACUACUUCUAAGUAAUGCCCAAGACAACCUGAUCGAAACGCUCGCCCAACAUGCCACAGUACAACAGGCUGCCUACAUGUUUGAUAGUUCGACCUUUCUCAUUGGAAAGCUCGAAGCAGUUCAAUUGAGCAAAGUUAAGAGCUGGGCAGACACCGAUCCAGACUGCAAAAGGCUGAAAGAAGAAUCAUACAUUGCCAACUUGCUUCAUCUGCUGCGUCGACUCCAAUAUGUUCUCUUCCAGAUCCUCGUGCAUAGGAGCAUCACUCGACUGGAUGAGUUCGCUUCACACUGGCAAACAUACUGGCAACAGCAAAAGAAGCUCGGCGAUGAUUGGUUUACGGAGUGGCCUUCCGGACAACGACCGCUCAGCACAACAUGGCCAUGGAAUAUACGUCCAUCUCUGGUCAUACUCUGGGGCGUCUGCUGGAUGUUCUAUACUCCUGAGCAGAGCAACGAAGAUAAGCCUCGAUCUCCAGCUGCUCAACAACUCGUGGACGGGAGCCGGAACUGGACACUGCCAAGCAACUUUUCAGCAGACGAUGAAGAGGUGGAGCAAGUCCGACGUGUAUCACUGCCAAACGAUACACACUCGAUUGUGCCGACCACAAAUAAUGCGCGGCCGCAUUCACAAGCACGGAAUCAUCCGUUGCAGGUGCAGGCAGCAAUGGGUCGGAACUUGAAUCUGCCUAGCUCCCGACGGCUUAGCGCUGGGGCACAGCCACAGUCACCUAAUCAUCCUUACCAGCGCCCCCAGUUUGAACUCUACCAAGGCAUCAGUCAUGGUACCGUUGACGAACCCCAACAAGGAGUGAGCUCCACGUCGCUUCAUCCUCCUUUCUAUAAUCAGCCUCUUCCUCUCUACUCAAACCCUACUGAGUCACGGGAUUCCGUCUCUAGAUGGACAGCUUCAAUAAGUGGCGAUAUUUCGACCACGUACGCAAACAUCGAACAGGUCUCAUCAAAUGUCUGGACUGGGUAUAAUCAGCAAAUUCCUCCUCCCAUCCACCCGCCACGAACACCUGUUCCUCGUUUCGAAGUCUCCCCCGUUCAAGGACAGAAUUUCGUACCCGUGUUCGACCCCGUCGGUACUCAGGGGUUAUACCGUCCAUUUCCUCAACCAGCCUUUGGCCAGAAUCAGGAUAUGGGUGGCACUGAUGAUUAUCCGAGUCCGCAUAGUGAAGGAGGGCGGCAACCUUCGAUCACAACCCCAGCGUCAAUGCCAGGAUCUGUCAAUGCCGAUCACAUCACCACACCAAGCUCCGAUGGAGGCAAAGGUCUGAACAUUUCGAUCAAGAGGGGUGAUCCUCCACGCAAUGCUCAUAACCAAAUCUACUGCGCCCAUCCGGAAUGUGCAAAGGAAGCUCUAAUCUUUCGCAGACCGUGUGAAUGGAACAAGCAUAUGGACAAGCAUGAUCGACCGUACAAAUGCCUCGAACCGGGUUGCGACAAGGUGCAAGGUUUCACCUACUCAGGAGGACUGCUCCGUCACCAAAGGGAAGUCCACAAGAAGAACAAUUCUGUGGGACGCGACCUGUAUUGCCCAGUUCCGAACUGUAAUCGAAGUAGUCAUCAACCGUUCACUCGACAAGAAAACCUGAAGGAGCACAUGCGUCGACGGCAUCUCCCAGAAGGGGAAAUAACCUCUCCGGGGCUUCAGAGUGUUGUAACAGCGUCAGCAACACCAUCCAGACCACCUCCGGAUCGUCCACGGAAACGAAAGCGAAUUACCUCAACAGACUACAAUCAUGAGCUUCAGUUUCUUGAGGAGCCGAGUGACGACGAGGAACAGUCAGAGCAAAUCAAGCGAUUAAGGAGAGACAACGAACGGAAAGACAACACAAUCAGUGAGCUCAGCAGCACAAAUUAUAAGCAAGCCAACAAAAUCAGGGAGCUUGAAGGGAUGCUCGCCACUAUAAAGGGGAGGAUGUGA